CCUGGGUUGUCCUCUUCGGUUGCUGUCGUAAGGCGUUAGUCCAGCAAGUCUCUCACUUCAAGCCGGCCAGAUCAUAUCACUGAAAGUGCAUCAUGUCACAAAUCGAUGAAGGAUUCUACUCCAGACAGCUUUAUGUUCUGGGUCGUGACGCGAUGCAGCUGAUGGGCACAGCCAACGUCCUCAUAGCAGGUAUGCGUGGCCUUGGAGUAGAAAUAGCCAAGAAUGUGAUCCUCUCCGGAGUCAAGUCUGUCACUGUCCAGGACGAAGGUUGUACAGCGUGGAUCGACCUGUCCUCCCAGUUUUUCCUGAAGGAGUCCCAUCUUGGUCAGAACCGAGCAACGUGUUCCCUACAGCAGCUGUCAGCCUUAAACCCACAUGUGCAUGUAUCAGCCCACACCGGACCCCUGGAUGAGGACCUGCUUCUGCAAUUUCAGGUGGUGGUCCUCACUGACUCCUCACUGGAUGAUCAGAAGCGCUUUGGUGACCUCUGCCAUUCGCAUGGAAUAAAGUUCAUUGUGGCAGACACUAGGGGCCUCUGUGGUCAGUUGUUCUGUGACUUUGGGGACGAGUUUAAGGUCUUGGACCACAAUGGAGAGAUGCCUGCAUCUGCCAUGAUACAAAGUAUCUCUAAGGAUAAUCCUGGAGUGGUGGUCUGCACAGAUGACCAGAAGCAUGGAUUUUCUGAUGGCACUAAAGUGACUUUCUCUGAAGUCCGCGGCAUGACGGAGCUCAACAGCAUGGGCCCUGUGGAGAUCACAGUCCGCAGCCCUUACUCCUUCAGCAUUGGUGACACUUCAGCCUUUUCUGAGUAUGAACGGGGUGGAAUAGUGACUGAGGUUAAACAGCCCCGCAUGCUGAAUUUUAAACCACUGAGUAAGGCUCUGUUGGAUCUUGAACUCCUGAAAAUGAAUGACUUUGGAAAAAUAGUGCGGCAUAAGACCCUGCACUUGGCUUUCCAAGCUCUCCAUACCUUUGUGAAGAAAGCACAACGGCUCCCCCAUAUUCGGUCUCAGUCAGAUGCAGAUGCCCUGCUUGCCAUAGUGAGAGAGCUGAAUACAGUCACACAGCUGGAACAGCUGGAUGAAGUUGCUGUGAAAAACCUGUCCUACACAGCCCAGGGUGACUUGGCUCCUAUGAAUGCUUUCAUUGGAGGCCUUGCUGCCCAGGAAGUCAUUAAGGCAUGCAGUGGGAAAUUUACACCUCUUCAGCAGUGGCUAUAUUUUGACGCACUGGAGUGUCUCGCUCAAGAGGAGAUUAAACCGGCAGAGAGCUCCUUUUUACCAAAAGGCACAAGAUACGAUGGACAGAUUGCUGUGUUUGGGUCAGCGUUCCAGGAGAAGCUUGAGAAGCAGAAGUAUUUCCUGGUUGGAGCUGGAGCUAUUGGCUGUGAGCUCCUUAAAAACUUUGCCCUCAUUGGGCUUGGUGCAGGAGAAGAAGGGCAAAUCACCGUAACUGACAUGGACUUCAUAGAAAGAUCCAACUUGAACCGUCAGUUCCUGUUCAGAUCUCAGGAUAUUGGGAAACCAAAAUCUGAAGUUGCAGCCAAGGCAGUGCGAGAGAUGAACCCACAGAUGAAAAUCAUUGCUCACCAGAAUCGUCUGGACCCUGACAGUGAAGGGGUGUAUGGGUGUGACUUCUUCACGGGGCUCGAUGGAGUGGCUGCAGCCCUUGAUAAUGUGGAAGCCAGAGUCUAUCUUGAUGGACGCUGUGUUCAAAACAAGAAGCCGAUGCUGGAGGGGGGAACUCUAGGAAGCAAAGGUCAUACUCUGGUGGUGGUGCCUCACCUGACAGAGUCUUAUGGACCUGCCAAAUCAAGUUCCAGUAAUGCCAUCCCUCUCUGCACACUCAAGAACUUCCCUCACCGCAUCGAGCACACUCUGCAGUGGGCCAGAGACCAGUUUGAAGGACUAUUUAAACAAACACCUGAAAAUGUGAAUCGCUUUCUGGGGGAUGCAGGGUUUGUAGAGCAGACUCUUGGCCAUGGAGACGCUGAGGCCCUGGAAGCCCUUGGGGGAGUGUGGGACAGCCUGGUCGACAUGAAAACUGGAGGACAACGUCCAAUAAACUGGAAAGACUGUGUGAGCUGGGCACGUUGCAAAUGGGAGACUCUCUAUAACAACGAAAUCCGCCAGCUUCUGCACUGUUUUCCUCCCAAUGAGGUGACCUCUAACGGGCUACCCUUUUGGUCUGGAUCGAAGAGAUGCCCUCACCCACUGACCUUUGACCCCAACAAUACUACCCAUAUGGAGUAUGUGGUGGCAGCAGCUAAUCUGUAUGGGCAAAUCUAUGGGAUCAAAGGGACAAGAGAUGUUGCUUCGACCAGACAAAUUUUACAAGAGGUCCACGUACCAUCUUUCACCCCCAACUCGUCUGUGAAGAUUCAUGUUACUGACAAGGAGAUGCAGGAGGACAAAGAAAAGGGAAGUGAUGACGCAGAAAAAGCUCGACUUGAGGAGCUGAAAGGAAAGUUGGCCUCACCAGUUCUGAAAAGCUCAGCCAUGCAGAUGUACCCCAUCGACUUUGAGAAGGAUGAUGAUACUAACUUCCACAUGGACUACAUUGUUGCUGCCUCUAACCUGAGAGCAGAGAACUACGACAUCCCUGCAGCUGAUCGUCUCCAGAGUAAGCGCAUCGCUGGAAGGAUCAUCCCUGCAAUUGCUACCACAACAGCCGCAGUGGCGGGUCUGAUGUGCCUGGAGUUGUAUAAACUGGUGCUAGGUCACCAGAAUAUCAGCUUUUACCGUACAGCUUACAUCAACCUGGCUGUCCAGUACUUCGUUCUGUCCCAGCCAAGCCGGCCCCCGAAAUUCCAAGUUGCAGGAGAGAAAUACACCCUGUGGGAUGACUUCCUUGUUGAGGGCAGAUGCGGCGAUCAGCAGGAAAUGACCCUGGGUGAUCUGCUCCAGAUGAUCAAGAAAAAAUACAACUUGACCAUCAGUUAUCUCUUCUACGGAACAGGUAUCUUGUACAGUGGGCAAGAGGAGAGGCUUAAGCAGAGUGUGUCUGACGUGGUGAGAAUGGUCACCAAAGCAGACAUCCCUCCACACAAGAAGAUGCUGGAGUUGAUCCCCUCAUUUGAGGAAGACGAGGACUGUGAGUUGGUCCCACCCAUCAGGUACCUGCUGUUGUGAUGCAGUCGACGGGAAGUUUGCACGAAGUUCCAGUGACAAGCACUCGCAUAGACCUGCAUCAAUGUGACAGAGAAAACUCAACGCUCCUAUGACGCUGUAUCAUUUAAAAACACCCACAGCUGCUGUUUACAAAGAUUGAUAUCUAAAUGAUUUUUUUCUCUUUCUCUACAUUUUACUUUACAUUUCAUUUGUGCUUUGAGAAAUUGCACUUUCACACUGUUAUUAUUUUCCUUGUUAAUCACACUUUGAUUAUGUGAAAUGAACUAUUUCAGAAAUGAACAUUCCAUUAUCUAAUUAGUUGUCCUGUCCUGUCACCAAAUGCCAAAAAAUACUGCAAAACGCUCAGGUUGAUGCUCAGUUCAUCUUUUGGGCUUUUUUUUUUUGCCACAAUAUGCCAAUAGAGGAACUGUAGCCAUCUCUAAUGUCUUCAGUUUUAUUACCAGAAACUUUACCAGAAGGUCUUGUUUGCUCACUUUUGGUUUUCAUUUACAUGUAAAAUGUGUCUUUUGAGAGGUCAAGUAAAGAGGCUGUGAAGGUCGCUGCCAAGGCAUAUGGAUUAGAUGAUCUGGCACUGGUGGAACAGUGCUGGACUGGUUUCGAGGUCUAAUUCAGGUCAGGCUGAGCUUCAUGUUGAAGCGAUGCAGUUAGACCAGGCUGUUGGCACAGAAUGCACAUUACUUUGAAGAUUCAGGGUGCUUUUGCCAUCUGGACACAGCUGUCUUGUGUAAAUCCUGUUCCCUCAGCUGGUCAGAACAGAGAAACUGGACUCAUCUUCAAGGAACUUUGCAUGUCCUAAGAUGGCUUUUGGGCAUGUCCUACCCCUAUCCACUACCCCAUUUUUUUCACCUCACACCCGCACAGUAAUAUGUGUUGUUGUUGUUAACAUGCUCUGCUGUCUUAGUUGGCUAUAUUUGAAUCAUGUCAUGAGGAAUGCUCUCUGUAAUUAUUGCUGAAACUACUUAUAGAUGUACUUUUUAAGUAUCUUUGUAAUUGGUCUGAGAUUGAAGGAUGCUGCUUGUGAUUCUGUUCUGAUUCCAUUCUGUUUGAACAACACAAUAAAUUUAUGUCAAUGAG